AUGGCCUAUGCCAGGUCCAAGAAGAAGGUUGCCAUGUCCCAAGCGACCCAAGCGACCCAAGCCUCCGCUUCGGCUCGUCUUUCUCGGGCAACGGCGAGGGAGACCCAGGCCAAGGCGAACAUCACGUCGCAGGUCGAAACGACUUGCCAAUCGGCUCACAUCGAGCUGAGGCAUUAUGGGCCAAGCGUCUCGACGUCUACCUGUUGCGAGGAGAGCGGUCGUUUCUGUGCUGGCUGUGCCAGGGCUACCUCUGAUGGCGCUGCUUGCAGGGAGUGCGCCGGUGGCUUCAUCGAGCGUGAAGGGAACUGCAUCGCUUGCGCAGAUUCGGCCGGUUGGACGAACUUGGCCGGAAAGACAUGCCCACAGCUCGCCGCUGCCGACUGCAAUGACAUCAAGGUCCGUGGCAAGAGCAGCAACGAGGCCUGGGGCGCCCCAAAGGUCCUAGCAUGCUGCACGUGUGGCGGCGGCAUCAUUAGCCCCACUCCCUUCUUCUACCCUUCCGUGCACUUGGUCUUGGGCAGCUCUGUGCGAGUGCUGCCCUCCGUCCGCACUGCACCACGCUAUUCCCUCAACGAGGACUGUGAAUUUCCGGACUACGGCUUGCAGAUGGAUGGUGCAACCGGGAUCAUCUCGCGGCCCACGGGAAGCCUCUACCCGCGCCGAGUCGAGAGUUUCAGCGUCGAGUGCACGGUGACAGCUCAUCAGGCGCCGGGACUGACCUACGACACGCCCGUGAAGAUUGCCAUGGACUUCCUGAACUACGGGGCGCCGGUGCUCUUCUUUGAAGGCGUUAAGGCGCCCCAGCCGACCGUGGCCAGCAAGGCACCCGGCGAGUGGAAAGACUUCGAGGUGCAGUGUGCACCGGUUGUGGACUGGCUGCAGGUGGACUCGACUACGGGGGACCUCCGGCUAACUUCGGGCACGGCCGGCGGAUCUGUGGACACAGAGGACGCCACUUUGGCAGGCCAACAUGGUGGGAUUUGCGUUGUGAAGGCCCUUCACAAGGCGCUGGCUUCGGACAGCCCAGCUGGUCUCCAGUGUCAGUAUUACUACGGCACGUUGACGUGCCACGUGCCAGACCUUUCACAGAAGACCCCGGGGAACAGCGUCGUGGUGCCACAAAUCGACUUUUACAACAACUUUCCCGAGGCGCAGCAAACCAGCCUAUUUUGCAUCAGGUGCACAGGAUACCUGGUCAUAACGCUUCCGGGUUACUACCAGUUUACGCAAUCCUCGGAUGAUGGCGCGGUCACGUACUUAAACGGCCAGAUGAUCAUCUCGAAGCCCAAGUGCGGGUUUUGGGCGAAAACCAGUUCAAGCCAUUUCCUACACUCCGGCACCCACCAGCUGGAGGUGGCCAUGUGCGAGGGGGGCGGGUCGGAAAUUUGGAAGCUCGAGUAUCAAGGGCCAGAUACCAAUGGCUCGAAGAUCACGGUGCCUGAAUCUGCCCUCCAGCAGCACGACGAGGUGCCGCUGUGA